AUGCUAUUCACCCCAUUGUUCACCCUGUCAUUCAUUUUGUUGUUCACCCCACUGUUCAUUUCAUCAUUCACCCUCAUCAUUCACCCUGCACUUUAUCCCAGACCCUCUCCCACCACCAACAUUUGUUUGCUUUCUUUCACAAGGCUCAAUUCCAACACAAGCAAAAAUGUCCUGGGGGAUUGCACUUACCUGCUUCAAAGCAUUCACCUGGCCCAGCAAUGUCAGUUUGGCCUUGUCGAUUGCUUCCAAUUGCCUCAAACAUACAAAAAAAACUACAAAUAUGCUGUUUGCAUACCUCAAAAAAAUAUGGUCCCUACUCUCAAUAUUGCUUGGUUCACUCUGACAUCUGUGGAUUUCAUCCUUCCACUUGGCUCUGUGUAUCUGGUGGGAACACUUGAAGAGGCAAAGGUCAAGGCCUUUGAAGAACUACUUCAGCAACUGUGCAGCUACUAUCACCCCCUCCACAAUCAACCUCUUCAGCAUGAGCUGCUUGACAUUUAUGCUUUGCUUGAAUACAUUGAGAUCCUCUACCUGCUUCUUUUGUCUCCCUGCUCAAAACCUGUACAUGCAAACCCCACCUGGAUGGGGUGCUUCAUGAAGGAUACUGCCACUUGCAAAGCACUAUAUUUUGCUGGGGUGCCAGUCUGGCUUGUGUGUACUGAGGCAUACAUCUCCCCUGAUAUGAAUAUCAAGGAGCCUGUGAGAUUGGUGUGCCCUGAAGACAUAGUGAAAGCUAUGUACUUGGAAAAGGGCAUAUCUAAGCCAUUCCCAUUGAUCUACCAUGGUCCUGGCAGUCUCCUGUGCCACAUUCACACUUGCAGGGACUAUGAGGGUACAUUCAUGGAGAAACCAGAGCCCAUGCAAGAAUCAUUUGCCACAUCCUUGUCAAACCCAUCUUCAAGCACUGGAAAGCAAUCAACAAAAAAGCAGACAAGGGCUGCCAGGGAACAAGCAACUACAGGCCCAUCCAGAGCUUCACACCCCAAACAAUCAGGUGGUGGGGACUUGGUGAGGUGGGAAGAGCCUGAUCUUCCAGAAAUUCCCAAGCCCCACAGUCUGUUUGCAUUGGCUUGGAGGAAAGCUUCAAAGAAUAUGUCCAGAGUCAAGUUGGGCAUUGUGGACCCUGGUUAUCACUUUCUGAAGCCCACACUAUGUGGAGGGACUUCCUCAAUGGUACUGACACAGAGUGCAUCCACAAAGUUGGCAGUUUGGGCAAUGUUGGGGGACAUCAUUCAAGUAGCUCAUGAUGAUCCUGUUCAUAUGUCAGAAGAGAUUGAGUGGAGGGGAAUGCAGGUCCAGGCUUUGAGCCUUUCAGACCCACCCCUUCAUUUCACAUGUUCCCUUCUAUGGGAACUCUAUGAACUCAACUUCCACUAUGAACUUCACACACUCAAUCCAGCCCUUGUCCCACAGCUUUGGCUUGAUAGCCUAGAUAAGUAUACAUGCCAAUCACUUCUUUGGUCUAUCUUCCCUGGUGAAUGUGGUCUUUCAAGUUGGUCAGUGCCUCUUCCUCAGGAGCCACAUGAUUUGGGGUUGACUGCUAGUGAGAUGGAGGUGGCAUUUCCCUAUCUGAACAAGUUCUGUCAGUUGCUAUCUGCAUGGCCAGGAGUGCCCUUUUGUUUGAAGUCCCCAAUCAAGCUGGAUGGCUCUGGGAACCAAGCAGCAUCUGAAGCCUUCAUCUUGGCUUGCAAAUUCUACAUCCAAACUGCAUUUGAUUAUCUUGGGCAUCAACCAUCCCUCCCCUGCAUUUUUACCUUUGUCUGA